AGUCACACACACACGCACAGUUGCUACACAGUAUAAAGCUGUAGUGCGGCUGCUAAACGAUUCUUCUCAAACAGCGGCAGCACUUUAUCGGAGUGCAUUAUCGACAUUUUUAUCAAAAGGAGAAAAAAAGCGCAGACAAGCAACCGAAAAGGUAAAAUUGCGUUUAAAUAGCAUUCAUUCUUCUUCUCAUCACCAUCAUUCAUCAUGUCCUUCCCAGUCGUAUCUCGUAACGCUUUACGCUCUGCUGUUCGUGCUUCAAGCCGUUCAGCAGUCGCACCUGCACCUGCUGCUCGUUCUCUGUCCAUGUUGGCAAAAGCUGUCACUCCUCGUGCUGCAACUGCUCCUGUCGCUCGUUUGGCCGUUCAACAACAACGUGGACUAAAAACUCUCGACUUUGCUGGAACCAAAGAAAAGGUCUACGAACGUGCUGAUUGGCCUCUAGAGAAAUUGCAAGAUUACUUCAAAAAUGACACAAUCGCCUUGUUGGGUUACGGUUCUCAAGGACACGGUCAAGGUUUGAACUUGCGUGAUAACGGUUUGAACGUUAUCGUCGGUGUCCGUAAAGAUGGUCACUCCUGGAAAGAAGCCAUCCAAGAUGGUUGGGUUCCAGGAAAGAACUUGUUCACAAUCGAAGAGGCUGCCGAAAAAGGUACAAUUUGCAUGUACUUGCUUUCCGAUGCCGCUCAAAGUGAACAAUGGGAACACUUGAAGCCAUACUUCACAAAGGGCAAGACUCUUUACUUCUCCCACGGUUUCUCAGUCGUUUACAAAGAUCAAACAAAGGUCAUUCCUCCAUCGGAUAUCGACGUCAUCUUGUGUGCUCCAAAGGGAAGUGGUCGUACCGUCCGUACUCAAUUCUUAAAGGGAACAGGUAUCAACUCUUCCGUUGCCGUUCACCAAGACGUUACCGGUAAGGCUUUGGAGAAAUCCGUUGCUUUGGGUAUCGCCGUCGGAUCAGGAUACUUGUACGAAACUACAUUUGAAAAGGAAGUAUACUCUGACUUAUACGGAGAACGUGGUUGCUUGAUGGGUGGUAUUCAAGGUAUGUUCAAGGCACAAUACGACGUCUUGCGUGCCAACGGUCACUCUCCAUCAGAAGCAUUCAACGAGACUUGCGAAGAAGCUUUGAUGUCUUUGUUCCCCUUGGUCGGUGAACACGGUAUGGACUACAUGUACAAGGCUUGCUCUACUACCGCUCGUCGUGGUGCUUUGGACUGGGCUCCUGAAUUCGAAAAGGCAUGCAAGCCAGUCUUUGAACGUUUGUACGCAAGCGUUCGUGACGGUAGCGAAACCAGAAGAACUUUGGAAUUCGCAAGUCGCCCAACAUACCGUGAAGAUUACGACAAAGAAACUGAUGCCAUCGCUGCUCAAGAAAUGUGGCGCGCUGGUCACACCGUCCGUGCUUUGCGCCCUGGUCGUGAUGGUGGUAAGCUCUAAGUAUUCCGAUGAGCUUCAAAUGUUUCAUUGCUAGUGCAAACUAGCAACCUUUAAAAGCCCAAAAAAGCAUUCUUCUAUUGUGUUUUGUAUCUAUUCUACAUCUCAAUGUGCUUCUCUCAUAUCUUGUCGAUUAACAAGAACGAUUUCAUUUGACCACGAAAC